AUGAUGGUCCAAAGCUGCUUGAUGUGGCUUGUCCACGUUCUUCCAGCUGUUGCACUCACUAUCACCGCGCCUAGUCAAACUAUUCCCUCUUUAGCUCCGCUCUUGGGUUGUGCUUCUGAAAACUUGAUUGAGGAUGUGGCUUUCGAGACUAUCGAUCUCGAUGACAGUGUGUGGACUGUUCUCCCGCCCACGGCCGGUGCUGUUGUCGAUGGAUACUUGCAUCUGAGUGCCGAAGCUAUCCAAUCGCAGGCACUGUUGAUCCAGACCGUUACUGGCGCCGUUGCGGAAGAGACUUACUCUGUCUCUUUCGAUUUCCGCCUGACAGCUGGCUCUUGUACCGUGGAUCUUGUACUCAAUGGUGCAAAUGUCGGCGUUAGCACUCUUACAGCCGGUUCCUGGCAGACUAUCACCAAGCAAUGGACGGCUGUUAGCUCGGAAGCCGACAUGCUCAUCCUAAUUAGUUGCCCUGGUGCCACGAUAUUGGGCGCAACAGUGGAUGUGAACAACUUCUCGUUCGAGAAGAGAUGUGGUUCAUUCACCUCGACCAGCGUCUCGGUCCCUACCAAGACCCCAUCGGGCUCGCCUGUGGCUACCAGCACUCCGCUCGCCUCUUCUGUCUCCCCAUCUGGCCAUUCUAGCUCCGAGGGAUCGGGAUCUUCAUCGCUCUCCUCAGUAUCACCAAGUAGCACUGUAGGCCCUAUCACCUUGACAACACCUAUCACUGCUUCUAGUGGUGCCAUCAAGCCCUCAGCCUCAACCCCUGGAGCACCGGCAUUUUCCCAGUCCACCGCACCGACAACAGCUGCCUCCGUGAAGCCAGCUAGCUCUUCCCCAGCUGGAACUCCUACGCCACAUUCAACAACCACUAUCACCGGACCUGUAAACCCCGCUUCCAGCAGUGUCAUCGAGUCUUCAGCCUCGACACCGGGAACACCAGAAUUUUCAGAGUCCACGGCGCCGACAACUGUUGCAUCUGUGAAGCCCACUAGCUCUUCCCCAGCUGAAACUUCUACGCCGGAUAUGACAACCUCUACUGUCUUCACCACUCGCACUGCGACUAUCACAGCCUGUCCCUCAACUAUCACCAACUGCCCAGCCACUGACAAAACAACUCACAUUACAACCGAGACUAUCAUCGUCUCGACCACCGUCUGCCCUGUUGGAGAUGCAACGACCACCACCGAUGGAUCUAGCCCUACCGGCCCAUCUGGCAGUGGCAAUGACUACACAAUCUCAACAAUCCUCUCAACCAGAACUGUCACUCUAACCCAAUGCCCGGAGACAGUGACUGACUGCCCAGCCCGUGACCAGACAACACACGUCACGACAGAGACCAUCGUUGCCGGUACCACCUCGGUCCCGAUCAACACCGCCGUGGCCACCACGACACCUGGUGCAGUGCAUACAUCGACUGUUCCUGUACAGACGGCAACUGCUGUUCUUAGCAGUGACACAAAGACUUCAACCGCAUACUCUAUUGUCACCAUCACAGGCACCGCUACUUCCGAGGAAUCCAGCCCUACUAGCCUAUCUGGCAGUGACAAUGACUACACAAUCUCAACAAUCCUCUCAACCAGAACUGUCACUCUAACCCAAUGCCCGGAAACAGUGACUGACUGCCCAGCCCGCGACCAGACAACACACGUCACUACUGAGACUAUCGUUGCCGGUACCACUUUGGUCCCAAUCAACACCGCUGUGACCACCACGGCAUCUGGCGCAGUGUAUACAUCGACUGUUCCUGUGCAGACGGCGACUGCUGUUGUUAGUAGUGAGACAAGGAUUUCGACCGAUUACUCUAUUGUCACUGUCACUGGCACCGCUACUACCGAGGGAGGUGUGAUCAGUGAGACUAGUGUUUCUCGCGUUGGUGAAAGUGGACCUGGUUCCGGAGUAUCGGCGAACCAAGGUGAAGGUGAAGAUGAAGAUUCGACCGGCUCUGGCUCUGGCUCUGGCUCUGGCUCUGAUAUCUCCGCUGGUAGCAAUACCGGCCACCCCUCUAAUCUGCCCGGCAUCACACUCACACGCAUCAGCUCAGCCACACCUUCAAUCUCCGCCGGAAUCCACUCAGCCACAGCCAAGGUUUCCCCCGCCGCGGCCUCUUCUCCUACUGCUGCCACAGGCACAGGCGCAGGUGCAAGCACGGGUUCGGGUUCUACUACAGAAAGCAGCAGCUCAGCAAGUGCAUCACCUAUGUUCAACCGUGCUUCGUCCUCGACUGUUUCCGGCGCCUUGUCUGCUCUUGGUGUUAUCGCUGCUGUCGCACUUUUCCUUUGA